AUCAGCAGAACUAAUUUUAACUUGGUAAACUAAUAACUCACAAGUAGCCUGCAUCCUGAAUGUCGAUGGCAACGUUUUUGCAUAGGGCACUGACGGGUUUGUUUACCUGGUUUACAACACCUAUACUGUAUGGCUCUGGUGGUCUAUGCUACGCAACCAAGAUGUAUGUCACUGACUGGUUACCUCCAGGGUGUUGACUUUUUCCAGCCUGAAGAUGACCAAUCUUUUGCGGGGUGAAGUUAUCCAAUUAUAUAAAAACUUGCUGUAUCUCGGACGGGAGUACCCAAAAGGCGCAGACUACUUCAGAGGGCGCCUUAGAGCAGCGUUUGCGAAGAACAAGUAUGUUCAAGACCCAGAAAAAAUCAGAGAACUCAUCGGACGCGGGGAGUUCGUGGUAAAAGAACUGGAAGCUUUGUACUACCUUAGGAAGUAUCGAGCAAUGAAAAGACGCUAUUAUGAGGAUGGGCAAUCAUAGAGCACACACUGGGCCCUCACACACAACUGGGUCCCAGAUGUCCAGACUCUGUCAUAGUUUCUUUGAAUACCUUACAGAACAGUUAUUUGAGACCAAGUUAAGGACACCAAGUAAAAUUUGGGUUAUUUAUGGACAACAUGUGUUUCUCAUUAACCGCAUUGUUCACAGACACAUUUAUUGUCAUUAUUUUUGACGUUGUCAUUGUAAGCUGCUGUUCAACCCAAAAGAUAGCUAAUAUUUGCAAAAAAGAUAGAUCAAGAUGUAAUUAACAAAAAAAUCUAAAACAAAUAAAACAUUUCUAUAAUAAACAACAA